CAAAAGCUGCUGGAAUUUAUCCGCCCCGGUCCAGAUUCGCAAGACGAGCUCAUAGAUGCCCUGGCUGACGCCCAGGACAAUGAUGUUAUAGGCGCAGAAAGCCGCGCCAUGCUUGAAGGUGUCAUCCGCUUGGCAGACAUGAGCGCGGUGGAUGUAAUGGUACCUGUCAGCAAGGUCGAUUUUAUUGAUAUCCAAGCUAGCUAUGAAUCAUUGCUCAACCAAGUCAUAGAUACGGCGCACUCUAGGUUUCCUGUCUUUGAGGACAAUAAGGAAAACAUCAUAGGCAUUUUGCUUGCCAAAGAUUUGCUCAAACUCCAGCGCUCUCCCAAUUUGAGUUUGCGUACAUUGCUGCGCCCUGCUGUUUUUGUGCCAGAGAGCAAAAAUCUCAAUGAUUUAUUACGCGAUUUCCGUGGUAAGCGCAACCACUUGGCUAUGGUAGUAGACGAAUAUGGCCGCAUUGCCGGUCUCAUUACUAUUGAAGAUGUGCUAGAAGAAAUCGUGGGCGAGAUUGAGGACGAAUUUGAUACGCAAGAGGAGCAUGGCGAUAUUUUUGGGCUACCUGACCAAAGCUACCGCAUCAAUGGCGACGCUUUGCUUGCGCGGGUAUUGGACGCUUUUGAUUUAAAAGUCCAAGACAAUGAUGAUUUAGAGUUUGAUACCAUAGGUGGUCUAAUUUCACACCGUAUGGGCCAUGUUCCUAAACGCGGUGAGCAGCACGACUACCAAGGCUGGCGCUUUACAGUGCAGCACACAAAAGGCGGUGCGGUUAAAUGGUUUAAAGCCAAGAAAAUGCCUACGCCUGACCAAGUUGAUGAAAAUAAGGCCGAGCAUUACACUUCUGCCCUAGUUCCUUCAUCCCUCAAUACCCCCUCUCCGGCUCCACCCUCUUCAUGA